GUCUGGCGAGCGCAGUGGAAGAAGGGCCCUCCUAUUCGCGAGCCCUAGUAGUCCCGAAAGAACACACAGAGGAGAGAGAGGCGCGCAGCUGCAUUAGCAGCAGCCUCUCUUCCUUCAAGGGAGGGGGAAACUGCCGUGGCGAAGGGCUGGGAGAGCCCCCGGCUUUAACCUAUUGGAGGAGGAGGAGGAGGGGGGAUGCUGUAGGAAAUCAGGGGAGACCCUCUCAGGCAGGGAGGAAGAGAGACCGAGAGGCGGCCGUUUGAAAGUCUGGCACCUGACAAAGAAAGGGAGGUUCUGCCGCCAUGAGCUCUCCAGCAGCAAAUCCCAAAAUCCUGUAUCGGAAUUCCCGCCUGCUCCGCAUGGUGUAUCUGCAGCUUCAUCGCCAACAGAGGGCUGAUUUAUUUUGUGAUGUUGUCCUACAAGCAGAAGGAGAAGCUGUUCCGGCUCACUGUUGCAUCCUAUCAGCUUGUAGCCCCUUCUUCACUGAGCGCUUGGAGCGAGAAAUGCCCCCCAAAGGACACAAAGUAGUGCUGGAAAUCCGGGGGCUGAAGAUUGGAACCUUGCGUAAACUGGUCGAUUUCCUCUACACAUCCGAGAUGGAGGUGUCUCGGGAAGAAGCCCAGGAUAUCCUUGCAGCUGCGCGGCAGCUUCAGGUGUCAGAGCUGGAGUCACUUCAGCUGGAGGGAGGAAAACUUGUCAAAAGGUCACUGGGCCCACGGUUAAACCGUGACUGCUUACAGCACUCCAGCCCAGUAUCCAUUCCAGAGGCAAGCUUGAUGCAGUCUCCUGCUGUCUGUGGUGAUAGUUCUUUGACAUCUUUGGUGGUUGCACGCAAGCAGCGCACUGUGGUGAAACUUCCAUGCACCAAAGGUAAUGAUAAUAAUGACCAGAAAGAGACAAAAAAGCAAAAACCAGCUACAUCAUUGCCAAGUAAUGACAAACAGCCGAUGCCUAAAGGCCCAAUAGUUCCUGCUGAUCCAUCGCGAAUAAAAGGUAAAAAACGGGCAACAGGUACUUUAAGGAAUAUAUUGGGCAAUGGUGAGACUGGCAAUCUGCAGAUAGAGAAGACUGUUGCUGGAGAAAGUCAAGAGACAGUGAGCUUCCAGGAGACAAAAAAGAUCAAGCUCAGCCGCUCAAAGCUCUCCUUGCCACCUUUGCCUGUGCCAAGUGAUACCAAAGACCAUAACACCAUGGCAUCCAGCAAGUCCUCAAGGUCCACUAGGCGCCUUUGGAGGCAAAGAAAUCCUAGUAAGGAUGGAAACAAAGGAGACAAUAGCCAUUUACAGAGAUUUUGUAGCCCCCCUCUCCUUCCUAAGUCUGCUAAGGGCAGGAAGCACAAUAUCAGUGAAUCAGCUCCCAGCUCAAAUCUUUCUGAGGCAGGACAGAUUGGUCGGGUAAAGCUUCGGAAAGUUAUCAAUGGCAGCUGCUGGGAAGUGGUGCAAGAAUCACCUGCUGCAGAUCCCACAAAGGCAGAAAAUGCUGUGCAUACUUUGCAAGAUGAGGGGCCCCAGACUCAACUUCAUUGUCCUAAGGAAGAGAAAGUUGAUGCACAAGAGUCAACCAGCUCUGCUAAACUGCCAGCAAAACAGAAGGCCACGCCUUGUAGUGAAAAGAACUUGGUGGAACAGGAUAAAAACAAGGAGGUGCUAGGUGAAGAGGAUAGUGCUGCUACAUCCCCUUAUGAGCUAAAUGUGUUUAAUCUGGCUGAGGAUGAACAGUAUGGUAGUGUGGCUUCAAAUGGGGAGUUGGAGCACAUGCUGGAUUUGCUUCUGGCAGAUGAUGAUGCUCUUGGGGAAUCCCAAGGCACCACUGUUCCAGAUGCACAUGUAACAGGCCCUGCACUGGAUGCAAAAGAGAGUCCUCUGAGAAUUGCAGGAGCUGAAGAAAAAGACAAGUGUUCUGCUGAUAUGUUAGUUGGUCAGCCACUGGUUGAGACAGAAGAGAAGCCCCUAAAAAAAGAAGAGGAGGCUUCUGAUAUGGAAACUGUUAAAGAAACUCAGGCCUCAGCAAAUGUGGUCCUCGUGAUGAACUCUGUUCUUCAUUCCCAUCCUCUUGCAGCAUCUGAAUCCCAUCAUGAUAGUAUUGCCUCCUCCAAGCCAGCCUCCCUUCAUGAGGUAGAUGACUGGGCAGUGCCUUCACAUCAGUUGGCUGUCUUAGAGAAUGGGACUGCAAGGUUUCCUGAGGCUUUGGCUGUCAUUUCAGCAGGUGACAAGAACCAGGGGCUGCUGUCUCAUGGAGUGGGAGUCUCAGGUACAGAAGCACAGCCCCAUACUGAAAUGGUGCUGAAGAACCCUUUGCAACACAGCUUGGACUGUAAACUGCAUCCCCUCUUAGUCAGCUUAGAAGAAGAAGAACUAGAUAUUGGUGGGGCAGAUGAACUCUUUGUUAGCAUUGAGUGUGUCCGGCCAGAUCUCUCUCCAGUGUCUGAAACGGAAGUGGAUGUUCUAAACUAGGGAGUGCAGGGUGGGGCCUUGGCUACCUACUGAUGUAUAUGGAAUACUAAUUCCAUAGGAAGUAAAUACUGAUGGGCUUCUAGCAACAGGUGGGGGAGAGAGGUAAUCUCAAGUAUUGAGUAACCAUACUUGAAAGGCUGAAGGAAAAGUUUCCCCUGCAAUUCAUGGAACUGGGAGGUGGGGGGCUACUUCACUGUCAUCACGCCUUAUCCUAAUUAUGGCUGUUACAUUUAUAACUGUCUGUAUAUAGCACACUAUACAAUAUCCUGUGACCUGUUAAUCUAUUUUGUGGAAUAGGCAAAUGCAGGUCUUUAAAAAAAGGAAAUCUACAGGCAUUGCUUCUGUGAAGAAUAAUGAAACUUCAGUGUACAGAAAGAAUUCUCAGGUUGGCCAAGGAUUGCACGUUAUUUUCUGUUUUUACCUUUGACUUUAAGAAAAGCAGAUCAUACAGAUGCCUCACAUUAAGUGGGCUGUCUAAACUCCACAACAUAUUGGGAACUAAACACUUUCCAGAACUUAUUUGGAUCCUAUAACUCAGUGGACAAAAUCACUUGUGCUUUCUAAAAUAAACAUGGGUAUGUGUGCCAUGUAGCAAUGUUAUGUUCAACUAUUCAGACUCUUGCACUUUCUCUCUGUAGUUUAAAAAAGUUUAAAUGGUUAGGUAGCUAAAAGAACUUAUUUCAUAUUUUUCUUCACUGUUAGGGUGACUUCCCCCUCUUAAUUCUUAGUGGGUGAGCUGUUACACUAAAUCAUUCAUUCAGAUUGACAACAGUAGAGCAGGGGAAGUAGACACAGAUGUCCUUGUUCUACUGACCCGAUCAGCUGUCCAUAUAUGCACUUCCUUUCACAAAGGUCACCUGGGCACUAAGAACAGCUGCACAAGUAUUAUCAUUGAAUGGUACAGCUUCAUUCCCCAAGAAUGGGUUCUUUGGGCUGUACUGUACCAUUUUGGGACCAUUUGUUAAAGCUGUUGCUGACUAGAAACAAUAGAGCGCCUUCCUAAGGAAGACAAAAUGCAUUGCCACAGGCAAAACCUCUUGCCUUAUUGCUUUUGUUAGAACUGGCCACUUCAACAGCAGCAUCGCCCUCUGACAGCUAGCUUUCUGUGUGGAGAAGCUGAUGCAGAGAACAGUUAAGGAUCAGAAUGGCUGAUAAAGAUACAACCAUCCAAGGGCUUAAAGAGAAAUGUAAAUUGCUUGUUUUUCAUUAAAACCAUCUUCCUUGUGUUUACAGUUUCUUCAGAGAAGUGUAUUCAAGUGCAGUGACCCAUACCUCUAUGAAGCUGUGCCAAAUAUUUCCUUCCUUUCAUUCCAAAGCUUUCUAUGUCUGGAGAACAUGCUGAGGAGCAGAUGGUGCAAAGACGAAAAUAAAUGUUGAGUUGUACUUAUUCAAAUAAAGUUAUACGUUUUUCUGGGA